CUAAGCGCACACAGACAGUAUAAAUAGCUGAACUCGUAGAAUCUUCCUUUCGCGAACCACGGUCACACGACCCUGGAAAAGUUUUUAAGGCGGCAUGGUAACAAGCACAAAGUGAUUCAGCUUUCAUUAUGGAAUAGUUCCAAGAGUGUUGAAUGCAUGAAACGUCGCUCGUCUCCUGAAGUUUCCUAAGGUCUGCCUCUCUUCCUGCAACUGCCCUGUGGAGUGCCCUGUGAGGGCUAGCCCUAGCGGUUUAAGGCAUGGUCAUCGGAAACCAGAUCCGUCUCCUUCGUCGGCAUCUUCUUUUACAGAUUUCCGUGUUGGAUGCGGUAGGUCCCAGCAGUAGAAAAGUUAGCUUCGGAAGACCAGCGCCAACAAACACAGGCAGCAGCAGUCCGACUAGAACGUCUUCCCAGAACCCCCGUGCUCUUUCGACAGCAGCGGCGGCGGUCUCUCCCCACAAACCCAAGCUCAGUCUCGGCUCCGGGCUUUCGUAUUUGUCCGGAGGAGCCCAGGCAGGACCCAGCAAGAGUCCCAGAAAGUUCCACAGCACGUCAGCCAUGCCGCCCAUCGGGGACGACGUGAAGCCGGAGGUGCAGCAGCUGAUUGCCAGCAACGCUGUGGUCGUCUUCAGCAAGACCACAUGCCCCUUCUGCACCAAGGCGAAAGAUCUAUUGAAAAGUCUCAGUGUCAAGUUUGAAGCUGUAGAGGUGGACAAGACAGAAAAGGGCCCAAAGUACCAGACUGCUUUACUGGAAUUGUCUGGCCAGAAGACUGUCCCAAAUAUAUUUAUCCAUGGACAGCAUAUAGGUGGAUGCGACGAUCUGAUGAGUGCUCACUGUAGUGGACAGCUGACGGAAAUGAUUCAGAACAAGGCAGCCCUGGUCAAGUACGACUACGAUCUUGCUGUGAUAGGAGGUGGAUCAGGAGGUCUGGCUGCUGCAAAGGAAGCAGCAGCUUUAGGGAAGAAAGUGACGUUGUUUGACUUUGUGAAACCGUCUCCACCAGGAACAACAUGGGGUCUAGGAGGAACCUGUGUAAAUGUGGGGUGCAUUCCCAAGAAGCUUAUGCACAGAGCGUCCAUUUUAGGAGAGGAUUUACAUGAUGCAAGAGAGUUCGGAUGGGAGGUGCCAGAGAAAGUAAACCACAACUGGCAAAAGAUGAGAGAGGCAGUUCAGGACCACAUAGGAUCGAUGAACUGGGGCUACAGGGUACAGCUGAGAGACAAGAAAGUCUCCUACGUCAAUGCCUAUGCACAACUUGUUGACCCGCACACUAUAAAGGCGACAAAAAAGAACAAGCAGGAAGUGACAGUGACUUUUGACAAAGCCAUUAUUGCGACAGGAGAGCGACCCAGAUACCCUGACAUUCCUGGUGCAAAGGAGUACUGUAUAACAAGUGACGAUCUGUUUUCGCUGCCCUACUGUCCCGGCAAGACGCUGUGCGUGGGCGCCUCGUACGUGUCCCUGGAGUGUGCGGGCUUCCUGGCCGGCGUUGGUCUGGACACCACUGUCAUGGUCCGCUCCAUCCUGCUGAGAGGGUUUGACCAGCAGUGUGCCGAGAUGAUCGGCUCCUACAUGAGCAAACACAACGUCAAGUUUGUCAGAGGGGCUGUUCCUACCAAGAUUGAGCAGAUCGAGGAGGGAUCACCAGGAAGGUACAGGGUGACGGCUCGCACCACAGACGGCCAGGAAAUUGUGGAGGAGUACAACACUAUUCUCCUUGCUAUUGGCAGAGAUCCCUGCACAAAAGGAAUCGGCUUGGAGAAUGCUGGGGUACAGCUCCAUGACAAAACUCAGAGGGUACUUGUGGAUGAGACGGAAGCGACCAAUGUCCCCAGCGUGUAUGCCAUCGGAGACAUUGGCGAGGGCAGACCAGAGCUCACACCGGUGGCUAUUCAGGCCGGAAAGCUUUUGUCCCAGCGUUUGUUCAAGAAUGCAAAUGGCUCCUUGGUUGACUACAGAAACAUUGCAACAACUGUGUUCACCCCAUUGGAGUAUGGGUGCAUUGGCUACUCAGAAGAAGCUGCUAUUGAACAGUUUGGAGAGGAAAACAUUGAGGUGUACCACAGCUACUUCAUGCCUCUUGAGUGGACCGUUCCUCACAAGGAAGAGAACACUUGCUAUGCAAAACUGAUCUGCAACAUAGCUGACAAUGAACGGGUGAUAGGCUUCCAUGUGCUUGGGCCAAAUGCAGGGGAAAUCACUCAGGGCUACGCCGUGGCCAUGAGGAAGGGUGCCACCAAGGAGGACUUUGAUGCCACCAUUGGCAUUCAUCCGACGUGCAGUGAGACUUUGACAACUCUCUCUGUGACCAAAAGAAGUGGCGCUUCUGCUGAAGUUACUGGCUGCUGAGGUUAAUUUCCUACUGCUAAGCUGUAGCACACAGCAGUUGUGUUGGUAGAGAGAGGGAGGCGUAAUUCAUAAUUCAGGUCUACAAAUACCUUCUGCUACCCUCCAGGGUUGGAAUUCGUUUUUCAUACCAAUGGGGGGGGUGGCAAAAUCCGUUUUCUUUGGAAUAUCUAGAAAGGUAUGUAGACCAUGUCUCCCUGUUACCAACAUGGCUGUAGUGCUACAGAAAGCAGUAGGGUUAUUUUGUUUUCUUUUGAGGGAAAAACCCUUGUGUCGAGCACUCUUGUACGGGUGCUGUAUGACGGUUCUUUCCAUAAGCCUCGAGUCUUGGGGUGGAUGGGACCCGACGCUGGCACAUUGGUUCUUCUUGUUGGGAGAGUGGUUCUGCGACAGAAACUGAUCCUGCGCAUUCAUCAAGUGUCCAUGAUGGCUGCAUCGUGGCGACCUUGUGUGUGACUGUGACAAACGACGACAAGCUUGGAACGAAUACUUUAAUUAGAGGAGUUCUUUCCUCAGGCUUGCAUGCUUUCUGACAGUGUUUUUCCUGAAAGCCGAGUGACGAAUGAUACACGACUGUUUGCGUAUACCUCAAUGAAGAGUUUCUCUCUCAGGACCACGGCUUAUUUGAUCCGCAUAUGUUUUGAAUGUUAUAUCAUGUUAUGUGUGCAAGGGCUUCUAUUACAGCCAGAUUUGUGACCGUCCAAACUUGGAUGUUGUCUGCUGGUUUUGAUGGUCGUUGUGCACCUCUGAAAGAAGUGAGAAUGUGUUACAUACUGUCAAAAGAAUGUCUGUGAGCUAGGUUUGUGAAAAGGUAACAUGCUGGUGAAGUUUUUAUCCAUAUUAACUCCGCAUAUGAGCGGCUUGUCAUGAAAGGUAAAUUGAGCAAAAGUAUAUACUCUUUUUUUGGGAGCAAUUUAUCGUGGAUACUUUUUUUAUGGUCUUUAUUUUGACAAAAUUUCCGGUCUUCGAAAAAUAUUGCUUUUGAACAUCAGACAUAUGUCAGUUCUUUAGAUGUGUGUAGAAUCUGAUGUCUUUACUUCUUUUAUAAUUCUGUAACUUUAUCAAAGUAAAAAAAACCAAACUCCAGUUAUGUUCUGGCCCUUGAAUUUGAUACAGCUAGCUGUAGCUGUAGCUCGUCAUGGACAGGGUCAAAAGUUUUCGAGUGACUGUCUGAUUGUUAUUUCUAUUACAAAAGGUUUUGCUACGGACUUGUCAUACUGAUGCAUGAAUUGUUAGGAUAACAGAAUUUAUUUUUUUCAUUUAUUUAGAUUUUUGGUUUCUUUUUUUUUUAAAGUUUCAGCUGUUGUUGUCGAUGACUUUAGCUUCAUUUGUGUAGUAAGCUUAUUGAACAGGCAACUAGCCUUUGCUUGUUAUAGUAUUAAUUUAUUUUAUUUUUUUGACAAAGAUACAAUAAAAGCAACGGUUGUUAUUCCUUUACAAUAAGGCACUCAGUUGUUCAUGGUUGCGUUUUGCGAUGGUGUUUUUCAUCAUAUAUCCAUGUUUCAAGUUGGUGGGUGCUCUAGUGUGGUUGCUCUUUCUUUCCUAUCAAACAUCUAUCGUCUUUAUCUCUCCUUCUUUUUUUGUGUUUGUUACUCUCUCGUAACACUUCUAAUCUCCCGGUACUUAUAAUGACCUGAUUGUGUGUGUUGCAAGUGCCGUAAAACUCUUACUGAAAAAUUGUUUUUGAGUCAGUAUGCAUCCUAUCACCAUCAACCGUUCAUAGCCCAGUGAGACCAUGCUGUUUUGAGUAGCAUAUGGUGAGUCAGUCGCUUUUAAGACAAGGGGGCUAUCCCGAAAAAUGCUGUUUUGAGAAAAUCGAAGGUAUAGUCUUUGCCCCUUGUUGAGUUUCUUUAAAAUACCAGGAGAGUUUCCUCUAUAACCAAACAAAUAUACCCACCAAUGAAACCAAACUUCUCCUAUAGGUAGGGCAAAGCCCACUUUUGGUGUAGGUCAAGAUUUUUGGAAACCCAUAAAAUCUUGGUUUGCCCGCUUUUCCUAAAAAGCGACCAAAUGUACUAUACUCAUUAUAUCUGGGAGAAUGGGGAAGUGAGAGUUCAGCUUGUUAAUUUAUUUUAAGACCAUCAGGAGUGAAAAAAUGUAGGCACAGUGUGAGGUGAAAGUGUCAACAGUUAUGUACCUGUGGUAGGGUUUUUUGUUUGUUUAUUUUUGUGUUAUUUUCAUGUUGCAAAUAUUAACUUUAACAGUUUUUCAAACAUUCUUUUAGUUUUAAAUUCUCUCCAUAAUAGACACCGUUUUUAGUGUUUUUCAAAUAGAUCUGUAAUGUUUCAAGUUCUUUUCUUUUUAGUAGUUUUCGUAGAAAGAAAUAUAAUUGACAUGGCUUUAAUUAAUGUCGUCACCGUCUUUGUCUAAAACCCUGGUGAUGGGAAAAAAUAUCCUGAUGCUGACGUGCCUGCAUAUAAUAUAACAUCAACUGUUGAUCAGUUUUGUUACUAAAUAUCCAUUUUUGGGGGGUUAUUUUACAACUUGUAAUGAGCCAUGCUGUUAUUGCUUAGUAACUAGAAAGAGAAUCUUUACCAAAUUUUGUUAUUAUAUUUCUUUAACAAGUGGUUCCAAUUGGGGACUUUUAUUGCAUAUAUUAUGAAUGAUAUGAAAAUUAUAUACCUUAGCAGAAAAAGGAAAGAUGCUCUUUUAGUCCCUUUAGAACUUCAGUGAGAUCAAGUAGCCUGGAAGCUUUGUCGAUUUGAAAGAUCUUGAUGCAUGUUUUGUUUCAACCAAAAUCUGUUAUAUUUUCAUGCACUUUAACAUUAAACAUAAAAUUACACUCAAAA